AUGUUCCGCUACAGUGACGCUAGCGGUCACCGGGCCUCGUAUGCCUCAUAUUGUGGGCACUUCUAUAUCGAAUGGCCUCUGGGUGCCGCUGCCGUCGUGCAAUUCCACCCUCACGACUCUCAUGACACAUCGACAGACGUCUAUCCUUUGACGUUCCGGGUGCGAGUGAGCAAAUGUGUCCAGAUGAUGGCCGGAGUCAUCACCUCGGCCGACGGGACGUCAUUCCAAUGUGAUUUCCCAGGUCGAAAGCCACCUGCAACCUGGAUCUUAGAGUAUCAGCGCAAAGGAUUUCCAGGCGCACAUGGAAGCCGGCAUCUAUACAAUCUUAUGGGCGGCAAGGUCUACGACGCCGACUUUCUCUUGGCCCGACGAAUGGAUGAAGAGCGUCCGUCUGGUGCCAUUGAUCUUCGUUUGCCGAGUACAGAGCAAAACAUUCAAGUAUCAAUGCUUGUUCCAACGAUGGAACAAGAAAUACUGGAACAUACAUUGGAUUGCUUGCCUUGGUCUUCUCUGUCGUGGUCUAUCCACCGCGGUCUUCGCGACAUUCUUGUUGCCUACGCAAAACCGACAAUGGACGAACUCCGUCCAAACAUAGCAUCAAGGCUUCGUGAAUUUAUCAACGAGCAGCCACAGCGGCUUGAAGCAAAUGGAUGGUCGGCGGAGUUCGUCAGAGGGGCUAUGGCUGAACUCGCUGCCAGCUCUGUUCUCGCCGGUAGUGGGAACUCUGGAGAUUCCGUGAGAGUGGUGACAGAUGCCGCGUUACUUCUCUCAGACAAAGAUUCGUCAGUACUAGACGAGACGAAUUUUUGGAGAAAGUUGACACAGUUUGAGCAAAGGAUCGGCGCUAUCAACGAGUGCAAUCAUCGCGCUUACGAAGUUUUUUGUGUUGGAAUGGAGCAAUGA